AUGGCAGAGGACGAAGACAUCGGACUCAUUACGGCAGCCCUCCAUCACCAUCAAGAAGGAUUGAAUUUGUUUAUUCGGCAUCUCGCGACCCCAGAUGCAUACUCAUGGGUCACAUUCCCCUCAUUAUGGCUCUUCAUACUCUACGAACAAAUGUACGGAAAGGACCCAAAGGUCAUGCAAGCUCAUCUUCGAGGUGUGCGAGACGUGAUUGCGUCCCAUGGAAGAAGUGUGAUUGCUUUUUCCACGGAGCGCAAUCCUGAUUCUUUAUCCGAUGAACCGAAAGACAGAUACCGGGUCCCUCCGCAGAUCAUCAAUCAGAUUACAUUGUGGACCAUUCAUCAGGAUGCAAAAGCCUCGACAUUUGGUCUUGGCGGGAGCAUGAUAGACUUGCUGAAUGAAGAGUAUCCCGAUCUGAUACAGCAGAUAUCUGAAGAUUCAAGCAAUGCCUUGCGAGAUGCUUGGGGCUUGAUGUAUCCUGCAGCGGAAGAACUUUGGGAUAUUCAGGCCGGCGAAAUGUCAAAAUUGGUCCACGAAACUACAAUGCUACGUUACAAACUCACCAAGAUUGAGAAUGGCGACUCAACACAGAAUCCACGCAAUAUGAUACAACUAGGUCGCGAAUUGAAACUCUUGGAAAAGAAGUUUUCGCCUUUCAUCAAAACUGUUUUCUCACCUAGGAAAGAAAGAAACUCCAUGGUUUCCAAUAUGUGCGUCAUAGUCGCAGAAUUCCUCGCUCUAGUGGUUCUUCAUGAUAGAUUAGCAUACGAUAUUCAGUCCUCGCGUUUAUCCAACCUUCUGCAAGCCUGUGCAAUUCUUUACGAGUGCGAGGGCCCGAAUUUCCUAAGACAUGUGGCAUGGGCGAUGUUCGUUGCUGGCUUCGAGACUGAUGAUAUUAUUCAUGAAUCCUGGAUCAUUGACAGGUUUGCUCAACUUCAAAGGAGUGGGAACAACAUACGACGAGCCAUGACUCUCUUGCAGACAGUCUUUCUGGAGAAACGAACUUCGAUCCGGCAUAUAAGUUAUAGCGAGUGGCUUCAGGAUGACCGUUUCGAGAAAUUCACAAUUUAG